AUGGAGGAGUGGGACGCGAGGCCCUGCAGCGCACUGGGCCCCUCGCCCCCUCCUCCAGCAGUCCACCGGCCGUGCUGUGCCGUCCCUGCCCACACUGACCCCGUGUGGCCGGGCCGCUCCGCGCCCCCGGGCUUCUCUGUUAUGGUAGGGUCGCCUCAACCCCGAGUUGUCGUCGGGUCUUCACGGCCUCGAGUUAUUGUAGGAACUAUCCGGCCCCGGGUUAUUGUAGGGUCUGCACGGGCUCGGGUCCCCCCAGACGGGACUCCACGCCCCAACUUGGCGGCCGAGGGGUCUCCUCGCCCCCGAGUCGUCCUGGGGACGCCUCGGGCCCGGGUGAUUGUGGGUUCGCCCCGGCCCCGGGUGAUUGUCUCAUCCCCGUGGCCCGCGGUGGUUGUAGCGUCCCCGAGGCCACGGGCUCCCGUAGGUUCCCCGUGGCCCCGAGUUAUAGUCGGGACCCCUCGGUCGCGGGUGAUUGUCGGGUCUCCACAGGCCCGGGUCGCUGGGGCGGAUCAGGCCUCCGCGCCUUCUCAGGGCUCCCCGCAAGGCCGCAGGCAAGAUGAACAUUCUGGCGCCGGUGCGGAGGGACCGCGUCCUGACGGAGCUGCCCCAGGUAGGCGCCAGGGCCACGUCGGGCUUCUGGCUGCGGUGGGUGUGGGCGGGGAGCAGGCGGCACCAAAGCAGUAA